GCACACAGGAAUGCUGGAACAUUAGCCGGUCCUGCCAGUUGGCUCCAGGUUUUGUGCAGAGCUGGGAGUGACAGUGCAAUAAGCUGCAGCCUCGCAGAGCACGACGCUGACACGGCCAGGGGGGAAUUCAAAUAGGUAGAGAAACCAUCGGAUGUUUGGCUUCCGAAACCCACGAUAAAAGAAAAUGGCUGAAGAAGGCAUAUUGCAGGAGAUUUUCACGUCUCCCUUGAAUAUCUGUCUCUUGUUUCUGUGUUUGUAUCUUCUGUAUAAAAUAGUCCGGGGAGACAAACCCCAAACUUCCGAGGAGAACAGCGAGGAACGGUUACCCAAGAUGAAAAAAAGAGACUUUACUUUGGCGGAACUUAAAGAAUUCGACGGCACAAAGAACCCCCGGAUUUUGAUGGCGAUUAACGGCAAGGUUUUCGAUGUUACCAGGGGCAAGAAGUUUUAUGGUCCAGAGGGGCCGUACGGAGUCUUUGCUGGGCGGGAUGCCUCCAGAGGUCUCGCCACCUUCUGCCUUGAUAAAGAAGCUCUUACAGAUACCUACGAUGACCUAUCAGACCUUACUGCUUCUCAGCGGGAAACACUAAGCGACUGGGAGUCACAGUUUUCUUUUAAAUAUCACUAUGUUGGAAAAGUUUUGAAGGAAGGAGAGGAACCAACUGAAUAUACUGACGAGGAAGAUAAUCCAGAACUAAAAAAGAAAAAUUAAAAUCAUCCUUGGUUUAAACUUUGGACAUUCCAGACAUCUAUUGCAUCAUUAAAACAUAUAACUAAUA